CGAAAGCAGAAACAAAUAUGUCAGCCCUAAGAGAAAUUCAUCAUCUCAUGAAAAAUUUGGCCAGUAUCAGUAAUGGUCAAGCCAAAUUGGUUAAAUUUGAACAUCCUAAAAGUACAAUAGACAUAUAUUUGGAACUGUCUCCAACAGAUGGAUUUUAUAAAGGAGGAACGUUUCUAUUUAUAAUUCAGAUUCAUCCAAACUUUCCGAUAACCGACACAGAAGCAAUCACUUGCAUGACACCAAUUUACCAUCCAAACAUUGACAGUUCACAGAAUCUUACUUAUGGUCUGAACAAUGUGUGUUUGAACGUAGACAAAAAAGGACGGGAAAGUCUUGGUUUGACUGGUAUAGUGGCAGGUCUCUUGUACCUCUUAUAUAAUCCUGAACUCGAAGAUCCUCUGUGGGUCGACUUCGGCAAUCCUACACUGGAGGAGUUUAAAACUAAAGUGAAGGCUUAUAUGAAUGGUGUGAAUUUGGAGGGGUUUAGUACGGCGACAGUUCAGGAAAACAUGGACCAGUACAGGAAACAAGAACAAGACGAGUACCAUGAUCCAAAAUUAGACGAGGAAGUCAGGCGACAAGAAGAAGCUAUGGACACGGAUGAUGAGAACAGUGAAUCGUUCAGACCAUUGGAGAACUCGGAUGCAAUGCAACUGUAUUCGCUGAUACAACAUCAAAAUAGUAUAGUCCAAUCAGACGAUGCUGGUGCUUCCGACUGUUCUAGUCAAGGGGAAAUAACUCCAUUUAGUGUGCCGGAGAAUUUCAGGGAAGAAUUUCAGGGUUAUAAAUUGACAAAGCAUGGAACCACUGUGAUCAGAGAUGAAGAAAUACGACAUACCUCAAAUGAUUCCCCAAUAUCGCCAUUGUUCCUUCUAACUAAACGAUUUACCACUUGAAUGGGUGAUAUCACAGUAUCAUUGGUGUUUAUUUGGGAAGAGACGAGGUUCAGAAAGUAACAAAAUUUAACGUCGUUAGGUGAAAAGACCCCUUUAGGUGCUAUUCUGAUUGCCAGAAAGUUUCAAGACGUCAAGGAUGUCAUGUUAAUUUAAUUCAAAUAUAAACUACCAGAAGUCAGUCUAAUACGACUCCUAUAGGAAACAGAUUCAAAUGAAUUGUAACAUCACAUACAAAACGGAUAGAGUGUUUAACACAAUAGAUAUGUGUAAUAGAAUUGUGUUAUAACAGUAUUAUGUUAUAUAAUGUUAUGUAAUUCAAUUUUAAAUUAUGUUAAGUAACAAAUUAUUACUUCAAUUUUUGUAUGUUUUGUAACUGUUCUUUCAAAGGCAUUGCCCGUGGCUUCAGAAUUAUUUUACCAUGAGGAAAAUUCGAACCUACCACACCUAAUUGUCUAGCAGACGACAAUGUGGUUUAACAUUUCAUUGCUGUGUGAUUCAUGAUAUUGAAAUUGUACGUUACUAAGUAACAUUAUGUGAGAUUUGUAUACUAUCAUCUGACAUACAAAUAAAUCUAUACAAUAAAC